AUGGCCACCCAGGGCGACUCCGUGUCUCGUUCCGUGGAGACUGAGUGGCUCGACUCUCAUCCCAUGGCUUGGGCUCCUCACGACUUUUCAAGCCCAGAAGAAGCCCAGACCAAGCCAUCGUAUGUCAUUGACAUUGGCGAAAGGGGUGUUGCCGAGGUUGAAGAAGCUUUGGGGGCCAUCAAGGAGCGCGGGUUUGACGGAGACGCCAUCACGCGUGAUAACUUCCCCCUUCCCCAGCUCGAAGCGCAACUCGCCCAAGUUUGUCUCGACGUCCACCGAGGCCGGGGGUUCUCCAUCGUUCGGGGACUCGAUCCUCAGAAGUACACCGCUGAAGACAAUGUGGCAAUCUUCUUGGGAAUUGCGAACUAUAUUGGCGAGCAGAAAGGCGCCCAAGACAAGAAAGGGACCAUGUUGACCCACGUCACCCAGUCCAAGGUCUGGACAACGCCACCAGAACUCCGCCAUGGAAUUCAUACCACCAGUGGUCUAACUUGGCACUGCGACAUGGGAACCGAUGUUCUCGCGCUUCAUGUCCGGUCUCUAGCAGAGGCCGGCGGCAAUACCUAUGUGGCGUCAUCUUGGACCAUCUACAAGGAGCUCGCCGCCUCCUACCCGGAGGUGCUUGAAGCGCUGUGCCAUGCCAAUUGGCCGAUCCAAGUAUCAGGUAAUCCACCACGCCACGUUGUUGCACCACUGCUGCAUGUGACAAAGGACAAGAUCAUCAUCAGUGUUGAUCCGGGACGGCUGGGCCUCCACCCCGCGACGGCGAAAACCGGGCGAGACCACGUUCCUGAUUUGAGCCCCUUGCAGCUUGAAGCGCUCCAGGUCCUCUCGGACCUGGCCUCCAAACAUCGCCUCCGUUUGGACAUCAAGCCCGGGGACAUUGUCUUUAUCAAUAACCUAUCCCUUCUGCAUGCCCGUGACCCUUACGUCGACGCCAAGCGGGGACCGGGCCGUCAUCUUGUUCGGCUGUGGCUGCGAAAUCCUGCCCUUGCUUGGCACAUCCCGAAAUUGAUGCGAGUCCCAUGGGAGGCGGCAUUCGGCCCGGGCGGGAAGGGUGUCCCAAGCCAACGGGACAAGGUGGAAACGAAAUAUCCCGUCCUCCCAACCCCAGAAUACAAGCCGCCAAAGUACACAGCAGGCUCAGCGGCGUUUAUUCUUGAGGACAACGACGAUGUAAACGGACAGGGCUCGGCUUGA